AUGGCAGCUCUACGCCCAUGCAUGCGACGAGUCCUCGUCCACCGCCCACUGAUUCGCCUCGCCUCGACUUCGUCCUCAACGGUGUCCUCCACGGCAUCCACGGCAUCCACGGCAUCCACGGUGUCACUCUCAAGUACACCUGCAGAUCCUCCGUCCACUCCAUCUGCUCCUCGUCAUUUCCUCCGAAUCUCGGACCUGGCGACGUGGGAGCUCUCUCAGCUAAUCGAGAAUACGUACAGACACAAAAAAAACUACCAACAUGAGCAAUGGGCCAUGCGUGACGCGCUUCACGGGAAGACGGUGGCACUCAUGUUUUCCAAGCUGUCUACUAGGACCCGCGUCUCAACCGAGGGCGCUGUCGUGGCGAUGGGUGGACAUCCUAUGUUCUUGGGCAAGAACGAUAUCCAGCUCGGAGUCAAUGAAUCUCUUUAUGAUACAUCGGUAGUUAUCUCCAGUAUGGUUUCGGGUAUAGUCGCCCGGGUUGGUCCACAUUCCGACAUUGCAGAGUUGGCCAAACACUCGUCUGCUCCCGUCAUUAGUGGACUCUGCGACACGUAUCACCCUUUGCAAGCCAUUGCAGAUUUCUCGACGAUGGCCCAGUUCGCUUCCAAAGGUGGUAAAUUUCCCAAGGACCUCAGGGGCUUGAAGAUUGCCUGGGUGGGGGAUGCGAACAACGUCUUACAUGAUCUUUGUGUGGGGGCAAAGAAAUUGGGUAUACAGGUAGCGAUAGCUACACCUGAAGGCUACGGGCUCUCGGAAAAAAUGAGAGCAGAAAUUCACGCGGCUGGGCCCGAAGGGAUGUUGUUCGAGACAAAUGUACCGGAGGAGGCAGUCAAAGGAGCUGAUGUGAUAUUGACCGACACUUGGAUAUCAAUGGGUCAGGAAGAGGAGAAGGUCAAACGUCUGAAGGCAUUUGAGGGCUUUACCGUCACAGAAGAGCUGGCUCGCCGCGGAGGGGCUGCCAAGGAUUGGAAAUUCAUGCAUUGCUUACCUCGCCAUCAAGAAGAGGUCGACGAUGAGGUUUUCUACGGCAAUCGAUCUUUGGUGUUCCCAGAGGCCCAGAACAGAUUGUUUGCUGCCAUCGCCGCUAUAGAAUGCUUCAUUGUCAACAAGGGGAAAGUUCGGAGAGCUCCUGGCAUAAACCGGAGCCGUGCAGAUAGAUUCUACCAAGCGAACAAGAGGCCUGCCAAUACGCAGCCGAAGACUGCAUCAGCUUGGAGCAGUAGCACGCCUGAUGGCGGAGAACAAGAGACGCUCGCAAAGGAAAAGAAGCCAUGA